CACAGUGGCAGCAGCACAUCACUUCUUCCUGGCAAGUGUGGGAGUCAUUUUUGGUGGGAGUAAUCAUGGCAGCAGCAGACAUACCCGUGUGGGAGAGGAAAGUGCGCAUGUUUUUGGGCGUCUUUGGCUUGAUUUUGUCUCUUUACGCUCUUCACGUGGAAUUGUCCCGCGAGCACGACCCUGAGUACAGAGCGAUGUGCGAUCUGGGGGAGUCUGUGAGCUGCUCCAAAGUGUUCACCUCCAGAUGGGGACGUGGUUUUGGCUUGGUGCAGUUCUUUGUCGCCAAAGAUAGCCCUCUGAACCAGCCCAACAGUGUACUUGGCCUCGUAUUUUACACUCUGCAGCUUGGCCUGGGUCUGUCCCUGUCCAAAAAAGCCGCUCUGUUCUUGGUGCUGUCCUCGUGGGUGUCUGUGGCCGGCUCGCUCUACCUGGCCUUUAUUCUGGCCUUUGUCCUGGGGGACUUCUGCAUGGUCUGCGUGUCGACAUAUGCGGUCAAUUUUGCCUUGCUCUUCACCAACAUGAAGCGAAGGAGUGCCAUCGAAGGGCAGAAGAAGAAGGCAGGAUAAAGUAACUUGUUACAGUCAACACCAAAGUAACACUGGAUGGCUGGUGUUUUCUGCCUUGUUUACACCUGCUGAGACUUCCCACAAAACUAGGACUCAUCUCCAUUUUUCAAUCAUCCUUGAUAAAAAAAAAUCUUGAGUAUAAAGUCUGUGAUUAUUGUGU